CCUAUAUAAGGGCACCGUCAAAGCCAGGGGGAACAUAAGCACAACGGAGGAGUAGAGAGUCUAGAGACGCCCAAAGUUAGGGCUACCAGUAGCGAAGGAUGAUCAUUCCAGUUCGUUGUUUUACCUGCGGGAAGGUGAUUGGGAAUAAAUGGGAUACCUAUCUGGAUCUUCUUCAGGCCGACUACACCGAGGGAGAUGCUCUUGAUGCACUGGGGUUGGUUCGAUAUUGCUGUAGACGAAUGCUCAUGACUCAUGUUGAUCUCAUUGAGAAGCUUCUGAACUACAAUAGUAAUCUCUCUCUCACUCACUCUUUGUCCUCGUGUUUAUAUGCAUGACAUUUAUAAUAAAAUGCAUUAAAACAACAUUUUCUUGCAGCACUGGAGAAAUCAGAGACCAGUUGAAGGUGCUUAUGGAGUUAAAAGGGAGGUGGAAUUGCUUAUGGCAUAAUUCCGUUGCAUAUGGACUGGAAAAUUUGUCUCUGUGUGGCCCUGUUUUUUUAGUAUUAUGUAAUAGAGUUCAUGGUAUUUGGUUUAGAAAUAUGAUGAAGCCAGACUGCAGAUACAUUUAAGGUUGUGCAUGUAAGGUAAAUAUAACAUCAUUUUAGUUUGUGUGAUGGAUGGUUACAUGCGUGUGGCUAAUCCAGUCCUUUCAAAUUCUAUAUGCUCGAGAAGUAGGUCAACUUGUCCAGAAAUAUGUUUGGUUCUUGAUGAAGUCAAUUGGUAAAGAAUGUGGUGAACUUAUCCAGCAA